AUGUAUCUAUAUCCCGUUCUUAUCUUCUUGCUUGCCAGCACCGAAGGAGUUCUUGGUGGCAGCAGGUUUUGGGAGGCCAAAGCACCGAACAAACGCACAAACACUCGCCCUGACUACUCAGCCAUCGAAACCCUCAACGCGACAUCAACGCUCAGCAAGCGGGCUUUCUCCAUCGAGAGCCUGCCAGGCCAAGCAAAUGUGCCGCGCAUCUGGCCAAAAAAGACAAUCAGAUUCUGUUUCGAGGAGAGCAAUGAUGAAAAUCUCGAAAAGCUCAAAGGUCUCUGGCACUUGGCCAAAGAAGGGUGGGCUCAGCUUGACAGACAUGGCUUCAAGUAUGAGGAGGUCUCAAACAGCGACUGCGAGUCCGAGUCCAAGCGCGACUCCGUGAUGCACAUACUCUACAACGAUUACGGCAGGCUUUCCACGACGAUAGGCAUUCCGGUAGUCGAUGCACAGGAGAUCGCGGACAACCCCGGGACAGCCGUCCGUGGGCCGAUAAUGCGUCUCUCCGGCAAAGAAGGUGUCGGUCAAGACAAUGUCGCUGCCAAUGUUGCCCAUGAAUUAGGUCACGCCUGGGGCCUUGCCCACGAGCACCAGAAUCCGUAUUACUGGGAAGUAACCGACCUUUUCGGGCCCUCUUGGAACAUUCCUCAGGCCAAAGACGAGACCAAAAAGUACUUUGAGACCGGCGACUUCAAGUGUGAAAACCUCGAAGACCAUUUGAAGAUUCACAAAUCAGUGCAGGUCCUGAUUGAUACGGCAGCAGACGAGGACGAGCGGGGUGUCCUGCAGGAGGAGUUCGACAAUCUUUGCAUUUUGCGCACCGUUGCCAGCAAAUACGGUUUUAGUGCUGCUGAUUGGCUUCCCGUUGACAGCACUGCCAACAUGGUCCGAGACGCGAAGUUUGACCCAGAUUCGCUCAUGUUGUAUCCUUCGCGUGCUGGUGGCGGCGACAAUGGCGACGCUCGACGCAUCAUCAUGACCUACAAGGAAGACUCUGAGAUACCAGAUCGACUCAUUCCGAACCGAAUCCGCCCCAGCAAUAUGGACAUCGAACGUCUAGUCUCGCUCUACGGAGACCCCGCGCCUUCCACCCUGGAGGUACCGCACAAUUCGGGAUCGAGCGGAUUCUAUAACAGGCUUAAGAAGGUGAAGAGCAGUGGAAAAAUGUCCCGCGCCGGCGAUACCAAGGACGGUACCUGUGGGUGA